AUUAUUGCGAUCUCGAUUGGAUCUUAGAGUCUCACUCCGACCUGCAAAACGGUUGCGCGCGCGUUCAUGCGCUAUCCACAGAACAGGCGUUCUUUGUUUACAAACAAUAUCUCAUUAGCCCUCGUGUUUUUGUCAGCCGCUUACCAAUUUCAUCACUGGACACGGACUUUUAGAGAUAGCAGAAGGCGAGAUGGCGUUGAUCACAGAAGGACUCGAUCUAGAGAGAGAGUAUUCACCCAGCAAGUGGUCGCAGAGAUUUUCCUCUCCGAAAGAAGUUAUAGAGCAUCACGUCAACUUCGUUACUGCAGCAAGUGAAGCCGCGGUCAACAGCGUGCCCAACAAAUUGGAGAUCGAGUAUGGUUGUACUCCGGGACAGAAGCUGGACAUCUUGGGAACAGAUCUCCCUGAUAACUCCCCUAUCCUAGUUUUCAUCCACGGCGGUUACUGGCAGAUGCUAUCGCGCGAGCUCUCCCGCUACCUCGCCCAGCCUCUCCAUCGGUUUAGGAUCAAGACGAUCGUGGUGGGCUACGACCUGUGCCCUGUUGCAACGCUGCCAGAAAUCCUUAACCAGACACAGAAUGCUGCCAAAUUUGUUUUUGAAUACGCAGAGAAGAUGGGCUCAAGAGGAGUAUACUUCGCUGGGCAUUCAGCGGGAGCUCAUCUGGUUGCAAAGCUGCUCGCAAAUUCGGACUUUCUCGAUAGGACACCGGGAUCUCAGCGUCUACAAGGAGCUUUCCUGAUCUCUGGAAUAUUCGACUUAAGAGAAUUAGUUCACACAUCCGUUAAUCUAGCAGUACAGUUGCCUGAAGAAUGGUCUGUCCCGCUCUCUCCUCAAUUCGAUUGCUUCACACAUCUUCAAGCGAGAAGAGUGCGGGUGUACAUUAUAGCGGGGCAAUAUGACAGCCCAACGUUUAAAAAACAAUCGAGGGAGUUUUACGAACUCUUGCACAACACCUGCCUAAUGCAGAACAUGUACUUGGAAAUCAAAGAUGAUUUUGACCACUUUAAUAUCGUGGAGUGUUUUGCUCAAGAUGAUAAUUAUCUCAGGAAUCUGCUAGUGCACGAUAUUCGUAAGCAUCUUUAAGUUACAUGUAACUUGCGAGUACAAUUGGUAUAAUAAGAGGAUUCAUAUAUUUUUGUGAUGGAGUUGAUGUUUGUUGAAUGAACAAAUUGUUAUUUACGUGAAAUGGUUUAUUUUCUUGUGUUAAGACUUAAAAAUCUCUAUAGGUACUAGCUUAUGUACUGAACACUUAAGUUAUUUGUAUGUUACGUAACUGCAUUUAAAAUAAUAAUUGAAAAAGUACUAAAAUGUAGAAUUGAGAAUGCUAAUAAAAUAAGCAUAAGCAGUUUCUUCCUUCCUAACCCCGUAAAGUAACUCCGAUGUUGAAAGGUGUAAUAAAGUGUGUAUUGUUAUUAUUAAAAAAAUCUGUUUAUUUGGUCUGUAUGACCUUAAUAUCGCUGUAAUGUACCUACUCUGUUCUAUUAUUUCUAAAUACUUCACAUGAUGUAAACAUUUUAUUAAGAGAAACUGUGAGAUGCGUUUUCCUAUAAAAAUAUGGGGACAUAAGUACCUACUUUAUCUAAUUGGCUGCCUAUAUUCACACAUAAUAGGUAUAGGUAAUACAUAUCAUUAUGUUUGUAAAAGAUAUUUGCGUGAAUAACUUGAGUGUCUAUAAUUUCAGUGACUCAUAGUUUUAAGGAAUAGAUGCGCUAGAAUAAAAUAUCAUCUGUUGUAGGUACCUAUGGCUUGCAAAAAAAUUCAAAUUAUUGGAUAAAAUAUAUUAUGCCUAAUCUGUUGUAUUUGUGCUAAGAAAUUAAUGUACCUAGGAUAAAUAAUAAUAAUAAUAAGGCAUUUUUAAUUUGUAAUUAAAACUUACCUAGUAAAUAAUAUACAGUUGUGCAUAUUUUUAUUAUUUUAUAAUAAUGACGAUUAAUAAAAAUCUAAAAUAUU